AUCCGAUGGUAUGAGGCAUAUCACAACUCCAUUGAUCAAACCUCUGCCAACCGUCUUGCUGGAAUGCCGAUGGUGUUGGAUCAAAGAUGGAAGCGCUGGGAUCCCUUUGUGGACGCUUUUAGAGCAGCCUUCGGGGAAGCCAUCUCUAGAGAUGAUGUUCUGAUGUGGAAGACUGGCUAUGAGGGUCAGUUGGUGGAUGAUAAGAUUCAUAAUUCCCUCCUUCCGGACCUAGGCAUGAGUUGGGCUCUUUUUAAUCCCAAGCCAAAGUCCUUGAUGGAGCGGAUAGCUGCUCUAAGAGAGUUGGGGCACACCCAUGAGAGGUACCAAGGGAUGGCAGCUGAGAAAGUGCACCCUCGGACCAAGAAAGAUCCUCCCGCUCAGAAGGACCAGCAGCCUAAGAGGAAAAGAGAAGCUGCGAGCUCCUCCGGACCUCAGAAGACUCCCGGACCUAAAGACAAAGCGGUGGAAGUGAAGGGUAUCCCGGCGGAUAUUCUAGAAGAAAGAAGGAAAGCAGAAGUAUGCUUGAAG